AUGGUAGGGUACAGCAAAUUCACGAAAGUUGAAGAAGUUCCUGGAGAUACAAAUCCACGAAGAAAAAUUGUGAGAUUUUUGCAAGAUAAUCAGAAUACAUAUGUGGAUUAUCCUAUAAACCAAGAAUAUUUAAUAGAUCGAGAAGAUUUGAAAAGAUUUAAUUACUAUAGAAAUGAUUUUUCGAAGAAAGUUUUUGUGAUUGGUGCAGGACUUAGUCUGCUUACCGGGAUGGGAGUAUUUCAUUUAAAAGAUUAUUUAAAGCCUGGGGCUGGACUUUGGCUUACACCAAUAGUUGUAUUUCCAUUAUUAGGAUGUGUUUAUUGGCACUUCAAUGAGUUUGGAAGAUUUCUAGAUUAUUGUGGACAAAAGUAUGAAAACAGAGGACUAAAUGAUAAAGAGCUAGCUGAAUAUCACAAGCGAAAUAUCGCUAAGAAACUUGAAUAUGAUUGGAAAUCAAAAUAA